ACUCUAUUUUAACACCCUCUCAAAACAGAAAAAACAAGUCAUGGAGAAGAAUGGGAAUAACCGGAAGCUUCGGGUUUGUGUUGCUACUUGCAACCGUGCUGAUUAUUCCAAACUUGCCCCGAUCAUGUUUGGCAUUAAGACGGAACCUGAGUUCUUUGAACUUGAUGUGGUGGUACUUGGCUCUCACCUGAUAGAUGACUAUGGAAACACGUAUCGCAUGAUUGAACAAGAUGACUUCGACAUUAACACUAGGCUCCACACGAUCGUUAGGGGGGAAGAUGAGGCAGCCAUGGUGGAGUCAGUAGGCUUGGCUCUGGUGAAGCUACCAGAUGUCCUUAAUCGCCUGAAGCCUGAUAUCAUGAUUGUUCAUGGAGACAGGUUUGAUGCCCUAGCUCUGGCUACAUCUGCUGCUUUGAUGAACAUCCGAAUCCUUCACAUUGAAGGUGGGGAAGUCAGUGGGACCAUUGAUGACUCUAUCAGACAUGCCAUAACAAAACUGGCUCAUUAUCAUGUGUGCUGCACCCGAAGUGCAGAGCAACAUCUGAUAUCUAUGUGUGAGGACCAUGAUCGCAUCCUUUUGGCAGGCUGUCCUUCCUAUGACAAACUUCUCUCAGCCAAGAACAAAGACUACAUGAGUAUCAUUCGGAUGUGGUUAGGUGAUGAUGUAAAGUCUAAAGAUUACAUUGUUGCAUUACAGCACCCUGUGACCACUGACAUUAAGCAUUCCAUAAAAAUGUUUGAAUUAACAUUGGACGCACUUAUCUCAUUUAACAAACGGACCCUAGUUCUAUUUCCAAAUAUUGAUGCAGGGAGCAAAGAGAUGGUUCGAGUGAUGCGGAAGAAGGGCAUUGAGCAUCAUCCCAAUUUCCGUGCAGUUAAACAUGUCCCAUUUGACCAGUUUAUACAGUUGGUUGCCCAUGCUGGUUGUAUGAUUGGGAACAGCAGCUGUGGGGUGCGAGAGGUUGGAGCUUUUGGAACACCUGUGAUCAACCUGGGGACACGUCAGAUUGGAAGAGAAACAGGGGAGAAUGUUCUUCAUGUCCGGGAUGCUGACACCCAAGACAAAAUAUUGCAAGCGCUUCACCUUCAAUUUGGUAAACAGUACCCUUGUUCAAAGAUAUAUGGAGAUGGGAAUGCUGUUCCCAGGAUUUUGAAAUUUCUCAAAUCUAUUGAUCUUCAAGAGCCACUACAAAAGAAAUUCUGCUUUCCUCCUGUGAAGGAGAAUAUAUCUCAAGAUAUAGACCAUAUUCUUGAAACUCUAAGUGCAUUGGCUGUUGAUCUGGGUGGGACAAACCUCCGAGUUGCAAUAGUCAGCAUGAAGGGUGACAUUGUUAAGAAGUAUACUCAAUUCAAUCCUAAAACUUAUGAAGAAAGAAUUAGUUUAAUCCUACAGAUGUGCGUGGAAGCUGCAGCAGAAGCUGUAAAACUGAACUGCAGGAUUUUGGGAGUAGGUAUUUCCACAGGUGGUCGUGUAAAUCCUCGAGAAGGAAUUGUGCUGCAUUCAACAAAACUGAUCCAAGAAUGGAACUCUGUGGACCUCAGGACGCCCUUGUCUGACACGUUGCAUCUCCCUGUAUGGGUAGACAAUGAUGGCAACUGUGCUGCCCUAGCAGAAAGGAAGUUUGGUCAGGGAAAAGGACUGGAAAACUUUGUGACACUUAUCACAGGCACGGGCAUUGGUGGUGGCAUCAUCCAUCAGCAUGAAUUGAUCCAUGGAAGCUCCUUCUGUGCUGCAGAACUUGGCCACCUGGUUGUGUCUUUGGAUGGGCCUGACUGUUCGUGUGGGAGCCAUGGCUGUAUUGAAGCCUAUGCUUCUGGGAUGGCCUUGCAGAGGGAAGCAAAAAAGCUACAUGAUGAAGACCUGCUCUUGGUGGAAGGGAUGUCAGUGCCAAAAGAUGAAGCUGUGGGUGCACUCCAUCUCAUCCAAGCUGCAAAACUUGGCAAUGUAAAGGCACAGAGCAUCUUAAAAACAGCUGGAACAGCUCUGGGUCUGGGAGUUGUGAACAUCCUGCACACUAUGAAUCCUUCCCUUGUGAUCCUCUCUGGAGUCCUAGCCCAUCACUACAUCCACUCUAUCAAGGAUGUCAUCCGCCAGCAAGCGCUGCCCUCAGUUCAAGAUGUGGACGUGGUGGUUUCAGAUCUGGCGGAUCCUGCCUUGCUUGGUGCUGCCAGCAUGGUCCUGGACUAUACAACCCGCAGGAUCUACUAGAUGCCCCAGGGUAGACAGGUCACACCACCUGAACUAGGUAGUGAGAUCAAGUUCUUGUCUUUUUGAUGAGCAUUUUUAUCUAUGAAAGUAGGUGACUCUGGAAGAGGAAUAAGCAUUUUUAUACUCUGUCUCGUCUUCCAAAGUCAUCUUUCUCAC